AAUCUGUGGCGGGACACGGCGUACGCAGCAAAUACACUAAUAAACAUUCAGCAUAGAAAAAUGGAGGAGUUCGGAGUUUACGCGCUAUUCGGGGUACACGCGUCACCUCAGCGACUGCUCGGCGAGCAAGGGCCCCGUCGGGUGUCUGUUGCCGUUCCGCCGACCGUCCGCCAGGUGGUGCUGUUUAGCAGCGGACCAUGGGGCGAGAGGAUUUGCGUCAACGCGGACCUGCACGACGCUCACCGGACACCCAUCACGAUCGGGAAACUGACUCCUUAUAAUAGAUGUCUGUCGUGGGAGCAGUGGGAAGAAGAGACAUGGACCAACGGUGCCACCCUGAAUGUCACGCUGGAAGGGGGACCAAUGGCAAAAGACGGUCGGUCGGAACCGGCACUCAUUUUGGCUAUCAAGGAGCGCUCGCCAAAGGAUGCCGCCGCUCCCCUCGCAGCCCGGGAGCCGAACCGCAAGAGGAAGCGAAAGCCGGCCGCCGCGGGAGAGCUCGGCGACGGCAAGGAUGCCAGGACGGCGGCGGGUGAGGAGGAGGUGGAGAACGUGCGUCCAAACGGAAGCCCGGAGCAAAGCGCACCUGCGCCAAAAGUCCCACGGCACGCCAAAGGCGGGCAGAAGCUUUUCUCGGGCGGAGGAAAGGCAGCUAAAAGUCAAGGCGCGCCGCCGCCGGGCCCGUCGGGUCGCUGGGGUCAAAUGCUGUGCCCCGUCGAUGCCCAGACGGCCGUCUUGAUUGGAGGGCAAGGAGCCAGGAUGCGGUUCUGCAAAGAUCCCUUGUGGAAGCUCCGCACAGAGGACCUGUCGUGGGCGCCGGCCGAGACGCCGGCGCGGGGUCCGACCCCCGAGGCCAGGAUCGGCCACACGGCCGUCUACGACCCGUGCUCCGAGCGCAUAUUUGUCUUCGGCGGAUCCAAGAACAAAAAGUGGUUCAACGACGUCCACGUCCUGGACACGCAAAGCUGGAAGUGGACCGUGGUGGAGGCCCGAGGCAAGGUCCCGCCGCUGGCUUACCACAGCUGCAACCUGUUUCGCGGGGAGCUCUUCGUGCUGGGCGGGGUGUUCCCCCGGCCCGACCCGCAGCCGGACGGCUGCAGCGACUCGCUGUACAUCUUCGACCCCCGGCUGUCCGUCUGGUACCGGCCCGUCGUCGUCGGCGACGUCCCGUCCCCCCGCUCGGGUCACUCGGCCUGCGUGAUGGCGGAGGGGAGGAUUUACGUGUUCGGCGGCUGGGACACGCCCGUGUGCUACAACGACAUGUUCGUGUUGGACCUGGGUCUGAUGGAGUUUUCGGCUGUUCAAACAAGUGGAAGGGCCCCCUCCCCUCGAUGCUGGCACGGCAGCGCCGUCAUCUCCGCCAGCAAGUUUUGGAUCCACGGCGGCUAUAACGGAAACAACGCUCUCAGCGACGCCUUUGUUUUCGACACGGAUACAAACCUCUGGGCGGAGGUGACGCUGCCGCAGCUGUCGCUCGCCAGGGCGGGUCACUCCGUCAUCGCCGUGGAGACGCCCACCGGCCGCCACGCCGCGGGGCGCGAAGCCGACAAAACGCUGCUGGUGUUCGGCGGCGGCGACAACGAGGGCGCCUUUUACGGCGACGUGACCGCGGUCGCCGUCAAGGAGCUGCUCGCUCUCCUUUGAGCGUUUGACGCCACGCGGCCGCACUUCAGCGUUCCGUGCAUCCUGUUGGUUUCGCGGGUUUUUUACUUGCAGCUGCUUAUGAAAUGUGUGCAGUAUGUUUUAGUCACAUUCAGAAAAAA